UUUAAUGUUCAAAUAAUAAAGUCAUCAGUGACAUGAUGACGUUACCGUAAAUCCCAGAAUAGGACACAAAGAGGAAGCGCAAACGCUCUAUUUCCGCUGCAGCAGCGAGAACGGUCACAUCAAAAAAGAAAGGAAAAUGUGGAUAGUAAGGACGAAGUAAGGCCGGAGGAGAAACGUCGAAUUACAGCUACUGCUUUAACAGAGCCACGUUACUAAGCAGGUGUUAUUAUUUAAAGCGUCCAGCCGAGUAUUUUACCAUCUAACGGGUCGUUUCGAAGUUAAUCCGUCCCCUUGCUCUGUGGUAGUUCGCUUUGAGGAAGCAGCGCGGCUAGCCAGUUCAAUUAGCCUGCCAGAGAUGGGGACGAGAGCAAGUCGCCUACAGGAAGACGCGGUUUCCUCGGCUUUCGGGAAAGAUGGUACAAAGCGGGAUUCCUGUCGGCGACCUCGUUGCACCAGGCCCACCAGCCUCGUUGUCGACUUUUCAGUGAGCUUCGAUGACACUGAGACAAACCGAAGCCGAUCGGAGGAGGGCAGCGACUCGGACCCGGGGCAGCUUGGGGCGAGCGCCGACGGCAGCCCCGCUGACCACCACAGCAUCCCGUCUAGCAUUGGCCAGGCGUCACCCGGGGACGACAACAACAGCGAGGGGAAACCCGAGGAAGACGGCAGUAUUAGCCCGGAGGCUCCCGUCGACGCAGAACACCAGCAGGUUGAGGAGACGGGCCGCACACCACACCGCACUUUUUCCGAGCGGCUGCCCGGGAAUCGGCACUCUGCCACCCGCGUUGGCGCAAGAUCCGCACGGGUUCGAGGCACACACCAGAGGCCGGUGUCAGAGGCUUGGAUCGGCCUUUACCGUGUUAACAAUCGCCAUGGCAAUAUCCGCUGUCCUUUCUGCUCAAAGCCUUUCCCGGGGGGUCGGAUUGAGGAUCACCUGUUGAGUUGCCUCACAUCUCCUCCUCUACCUUACAACACGGAUGUGCUCAGUAAAGACAGUGGAGAGUGUUCCAUCUGUUUGGAGGAUCUGGUACAGGGCGAGACCAUCGCGAGGCUGGCUUGCCUCUGCGUCUACCACAAGAGCUGCAUUGAUUCCUGGUCAAAGGUGAAGCCUUGCUGUCCUGAACAUCCCUUCGAUUGACUCACGGGGUCACGUUUAUUCCACGCCGUGACCAACCCGACUCAGGAGACUACACUGAAUCCGAAUAAAGUCCCAAUAAAAAUGUGUAAUUGAA